GAAAACCAUUGGAGCGGGUGAGGUCGGCUGCGAUUGACGGAAGACAUGACGCCCCCAGUGGCUGGCGAAUUGGCGACCAAGUGACGUCCGGUCCAAUCCGAAACGAACCACGCAGGGCACCGCUCGACGCAUCUAGCAGAGUUCCUGGACGAUAAUACCUGGUAUCGCGUGCUCGGCGACUUGCCGACACGUCGUGGUUGUCAAUGCCAUGGCGCCUAAAUCCAGGUCGCACGACAGCAAUAGAAUACUAUUCCAGCUCGCUCCCCAACGUUGCACACGCUCGGACCUGGGUAUGGAUAUCGAGGAAUUCCGCAAGGCCGGUUACCAGGCCAUAGACAGAAUUUGUGACUACUAUUAUUCACUCGAGCACAAACCUGUCACGUCUCAGGUUCAUCCCGGUUAUCUCAGAGAACUUCUGCCAGAUUCGGUCCCAGAGAGGGGUGAAGAUUUUCAGACCAUCGCCGACGACUACCAAAAGCUCAUCCUUCCUGGACUCACGCACUGGCAGCACCCAAACUUCUAUGCAUACUUCCCCACCGCAUGCACCUUCGAGGGCAUGCUCGGCGAUCUGUACGCAACUAGCAUAUCAAAUCCCGGCUUCAACUGGGCAUGUGGUCCGGCGUGUACAGAGCUCGAAGCGGUUGUCAUGGACUGGGCUGUCAGGUUGUUCGGACUUGCGGACCACUUCCUUAACAGCUCCGAAAUUGGUGGCGGAGUCAUCCAAACGACCGCCUCGGACUCUGCGCUGGUGGCCAUCGUUGCCGCGCGCUCCCGCUACACCACUCAGCGCCCUUCCACGAAGCUCGAGGACCUAGUGAUCUACACCACCACGCAGACACACUCGCUUGGGGUCAAAGCUGGGCUCGUCCUCGGCUUAAAAUACCGCGUGCUGGAGGUCACCGCACAAGACCAGUUUGCACUGCGUGGUGAGACCCUGCGUAAGGCGCUCGAGGAGGAUAGAUCACGAGGGAAGCAUCCUUUCGUGCUCGUUGGAACUGUGGGCACGACAUCCUCCGGAGCUAUUGAUCAUCUGGAUGAGAUUGGAGAAGUCUUGAAGGAAUAUCCCUCUAUUUGGCUACACGUUGACGCUGCCUGGGCUGGUGUUGCACUUGCAUGCCCGGAAUACCGGGAGGUUGCUCAGUUAGACAACAUUAAUCAGCACGCGGAUUCAUUCUGCACUAACUUUCACAAGUGGGGCUUGGUCAACUUCGACGCAUCGACGCUCUGGGUGAGGAACAGGAAGCAUUUAACAGACGCUCUCGAUGUCACCCCCGAGUUCCUUCGCACUAAGCAAGGCGAUGCAGGUACCGUAAUCGAUUACCGCAACUGGCAUCUAUCUCUGGGAAGGCGAUUCAGGUCGCUUAAGAUCUGGUUCGUCCUCAGAAGCUACGGCGUCGACGGCUUGCGCGACUAUAUUCGCAAGGGCGUCGAACUCAACCAGCACUUUGCCUCCCUCGUCCGCACUUCCAGGGACUUCUCGCUCGUCACCGAGCCCUCCUUCGCACUGAGCGUCUUCCGGCUCAGCCCUGCACUCCAUUUAAGCCUCUCCAGUGCACAAGCAGAAGAGGCACUGAACGAGCUGAAUCGGGCGUAUUACUCUCGGCUGUCAUCCCGCCCGGACAUCGUGCUCACGCAGACGGUACUGAAUGGGACGUUCUGCAUCCGGUUCGCUGUUGGCGCGGCACGGACGACACAGAUGCAUGUUGAUAGGGCGUGGGAUGUCCUUCGUGAGGAAGCAGGCGUUGCACUCAAGGAAUGGAGAGUGAAGGACCUGCAGGAUAAGGAGAAAGCGUGAGGUGGUGGUCCUCGAGACUGAGGCAUAUAGGGGGACGUGUAUGUUGGAUAUAUGUGCCGUAUAUGUGUAUUUGGAUCUAACAAUGCAUGUACGAACUGUCU